AAACUCAAAAGUAGAGGCCAAACUAUCAAUACUCCUUAUUUACCCAUCCAAAAACAAGCCGCCGUUUUGCUCCUCUCCAACCUCCCGUUAACGACGCCACAAGCUUAACCACAGAAACCUUUAGCACUACACACUCUCAAUGGGGCGGAAACGAAGCAAUAACGAAGACGAGGAGAGGGAAAACGAAGAAGAAAAACCCAUAAAAAAGAUGAAAGAGAAUAAUGAGGGCAGAGAAAGCAUGCGUCCUUCAAUGAUUAAAAACAAGGAGAAAAGAUCAGCUGUACAUGCUAAGCUCAAGCAUCAGAAGAAGCUUGAUAAGCGGAAGAAAGCUAAAGCUCGCGAAGCUGCUGAGAAAAAAGCUCUUGAGCUAGGCGAGGAGCCUCCACCGAAGAUGGUACCUCGUACGAUUGAGAAUACAAGGGAGUUGGAUGAGACUAUCUGUAGACCUGAUGAUGAAGAGCUAUUUGCUGGCAAUGAUGUUGAUGAAUUUAGUGCAAUUCUGAGGAAGGAGCGUGAUCCGAAAAUAUUGAUUACUACAUCCCGUUACAACUCUACACGAGGACCAGCAUUUAUUUCUGAUCUUAUUUCUGUGAUUCCAAAUGCUCAUUACUACAAACGAGGGACAUAUGACUUGAAAAAGAUUGUCCAAUAUGCAAAUGAGAAGGAAUUUUCAUCUAUUAUUGUAGUCCACACUAAUCGCCGUGAACCAGAUGCUCUUCUCAUUAUUGGCUUACCUGAUGGACCUACUGCUCAUUUUAAGCUUUCAAAGCUCAUGCUACGGAAGGAUAUCAAGAAUCAUGGAAAGCCAACAAGUCACAAGCCUGAGCUAGUUUUGACCAAUUUCACGACGCGUUUGGGGCAUCGAGUUGGGAGGAUGAUACAGUCACUUUUCCCACAAGACCCUGAAUUUCGUGGCCGUCGAGUUGUGACCUUUCACAACCAACGUGAUUUCAUAUUCUUUCGCCAUCACCGCUACAUUUUUGAAACCAAAGAGGGCAAACAGACAGAAUCAAAAGGUAAGAAAAGCAAGGAUGCGAAGAACCCACAGGAAAGGACAAUUGCCCGUCUGCAGGAAUGUGGUCCUCGAUUUACCCUCAAGUUAAUCAGUCUCCAGCAUGGUACUUUUGAUACUCAGGGUGGGGAAUAUGAAUGGGUUCACAAGCCGGAAAUGGAUACAAGUCGACGGAGAUUUUUCUUAUGACAUGGUGGGAUCUUUUUGUUGAAAUUUCAAGGUUUUUGGAUGCGAACUAUGCAAAAGAAGAAUAUCAACUCUCUGAGGAUGAAGUUCACAAUGAAAAUUUUGCUCUUUUAAUUUAGUAUUUUCUUUGGGGAAAGGGGGGGGGGGGGGCGCUUUUAUGGACUAUUUCCUACAGUAAUUUGUUAAUUAGGUUUUAGUCUCGGUUUUCACCAUCACGAAAGUUGUAUGCGACCUUGAACACUACGAUGGUUAAUUUUAAGGGUGCUGAUAUGAAGGUUUAUUCCUUGUGAAGAAAAGUUAUCUUAGUGAUACUUUUUGAGUCAGUUUAAAGUUAAUGAUGUAAUUCUGAACAAGCAUUAUAUAGUAUAUUUUGGUAGAGGUUCAUGAAA